AUGACGAGCCUUCCAGAUGUUCAGUUGUCGGCGCUAAACUGGAUGGGCCUGCUGCCCCUGCUCAGUGCGUUGGGGGUGGGAUGCUUACUGCUAUAUUUUAUGUAUCCGUCGAGCCCGGUGUUUCCUCUGUUCAACGCGCACGAAAGGUUUGAUUUCAUGGCCACCAAAGCGAAGUACAAAUUUGUCGAAGAUGCCAAAGGCCUGAUGAAAGGUGGUCUUGCGAAAUGUGAUAUCUUUCGGUUGACGUGCGACACUGGGAUUCGACUCGUAUUAUCCCAGAGAUACCUGGAUGAAAUUCGAGACCACCCCUCCCUGAGCCUGUUUGAUCUUAUUCGGUCUGAAUCUCAUCCUCACAUUAAGGGGCUUGAGCCAUUCGGCCAGAAUAUUGAUAUCUUGCUGGAUUUAAUUCGAAAGAAGCUCACUGUAGCGCAAGGUAUGUAUGAAAAUGCCAUCGGUUCAAAGGUACAUACCGAACUGCAACAGGAAUCCUUACUGGUCCUUUAUACAAGGGAGCUUCUGUUGCCCUUCAAGAUGGACUGGCACGAGCUUGCUUUAUAUCCCAGUAUCCAAAGACUUGUGGCGCGACUAUCAUGCAUAGUUUUCAUGGGCGAGAAAAUGUGUCGCGAUGAGGAGUGGCUUCGUGUGGUGACCAAUUAUGCGGCGCACAGUCUACAAGCAAACGAUGCAUUGCAGCUCUGGCCAUCAAUGACUCGUCCAAUUGUUGCCAAGUUCAUGGGAUCGAUCCGAAUUCUGAGGAAGGAGGUUCAGGCCGCCCGCAAUAUCGUGGACAGGGUGAUCAAGACCAGGGAGAUUGACAAAGAGAAUGCACUGAAAAAUGGAGUGGCUCCUGAGAUUAGGAAUGAUGCGAUACAAUGGAUACAAGACGUUGCGGCAGGUCGUGAUUAUGAACCUGCUUUGAUGCAAUUGGGACUUGCUCUCGUGGCUAUCUUUACCACGGCCGAUCUUCUCACGCAGGCCUUGUUGGAUAUUUGUGGAAAGGAGGAGCUGAUUUCCGAACUCAGAGAGGAGGUGCUGGCGGUCUUGCGGGAGAACGAAGUGAAAAAGACGACGAUGCACAAGCUACGGCUCAUGGACAGUGUUCUGAAAGAAUCGCAGAGGCUGAAACCUAUUUCUCUGUCAACAUUCCGACGAAUGGCGAUGGACAACAUCAGGCUAGCUGAUGGGACGCAAAUCGCAAAGGGAACAGGACUCAUGAUCCCGAAUGAGUGGAUGUGGGAUUCACAAGUCUACGAAAACCCAGAGACAUUUGACCCGUACCGAUUCGUUAAGCUGCGAGAGGUGGCAGGCCAUGAGCUUUCUUCUUCCUUGAUCUCAGUCUCGCCCGAGCAUAUGGGGUUCGGACUUGGACGACAUGCCUGCCCUGGGCGGUUUUUCGCUGUUAACCAAGUGAAGAUCGUGCUGUGUCAUGUGUUGAUGAAGUAUGAGUUCAAGCUUGCCGAUGGGACGAUUCCCCAGGUCCAAAAGCAUGGAAUUCGAUUACAGAGUGAUGUAUCGGCGAAGGUGCUGGUGCGUCGUCGGCAAGAAACGGUCUCUUUGCCCGAUCUUGCAUGCGAGUCGGAGUAG